AUGACGAUGCGGAUGGAUUGGAGUGUGAAAAUAAGUUACAUGUCCAGGAUUGGGAGAGAAAGGACUUGGUCACAAAACAGAUUGGAGAAAGAGGACAGGUCAGAGGUAGAGGAAGGGCAAGAGGUAGAGGACAGGUUGCAGAAAGAGGACAGGCCACAGGUACAGGACAGACAAGAGGUUGAGGACAGGUUGCAGAAAGAGGACAGGCCAGAGGUAGAGGACAGGUUGCAGAAAGAGGACAGGCCAGAGGUACAGGACAGGUCAGAGGUAGACGAAGGACCAGAGGUAAAGGAAGGGCAAGAGGUAGAGGACAGGUUGCAGAAAGAGGACAGGCCAGAGGUAGAGGACAGACAAAAGGAAGAAGGACAGGCCAGAGGUAGAGGACAGGCCAGGCCAGAGGUAGAGGACAGGUCAGAGGUAGAGGACAGGCCAGAGGUAGAGGACAGGUCAGAGGUAGAGGAAGGGCCAGAGGUAGAGGACAGGUUGCAGAAAGAGGACAAGAAAGAAAUAGAGGACAGGCCAGAGGUAGAGGAGCUACAGAGCGGGGAGUAG